CAGUAUUAUACAUUUUUAGGGUCAGUUAAAUUUUAUAGGUUACUCAACUCUAAUUUGUUGCGGCGUAUACACGUGACAAUUGACAUAUUGCAGGCUAAUUUUUUGACAACAAUUAUUUUUUUUUUUUUAUUAAAAUAAUCAACUUCAAUAAUUGAAUAAUGGAGUGAAAAAUUAAAACCUUAGCAAGUAGUUUAGCGCAUUGGUUAAUAAUUUCAAAAUGAAAAUGAAUAAACCUCUGCAAAGCAACCAGACGCUGAAAUAUGUAAGUUUAAUAACUCUGACGUUGCAAAAUGCAUUGGUGGGUCUCAGCAUGCGUUACGCACGCAUUCGACCCGGUGACAUGUUUCUCUCGACAACUGCUGUCGUGAUGGCCGAGGUUGUUAAAUGUGCCACGUGUUUGGUGCUGGUGUACUUAGAAGAGGGUAGUUUUGCUAAAUUCACCCAUUCGUUGCAUACGACUAUUAUUAAGCAACCCGUAGAUACGCUUAAAGUAUGUGUUCCGUCUAUUGUUUAUUUAGUACAAAAUAAUUUAUUGUAUGUGUCAGCAUCUAAUUUGGAUGCUGCUACUUAUCAGGUAACUUAUCAACUAAAAAUACUGACCACAGCAUUUUUCGCUGUAGUAAUUCUCCGUCGUUCAUUAUUAAAAGUACAAUGGGGAGCAUUAAUACUCCUUUUAAUUGGAGUAGUCUUAGUGCAAUUAGCCCAAGACGGAACGAGCAACGUGCCAUCAGGAAGAGAGCAAAAUCAUCUUUUAGGAUUUGCAGCUGCCUUGGGUUCCUGUUUCCUGUCGGGUUUUGCAGGAAUAUACUUUGAAAAAAUUCUCAAGGGCUCGGAUAUCUCUGUGUGGAUGAGAAACGUCCAGCUGAGUUUGCUUUCAGUGCCGUUUGGCUUGAUGAGUUGCUACGCGACCGACGGCGAGCUGAUAAGCAAGCAGGGAUUCUUCUUUGGAUACGACUGGUUCAUCUGCUACCUGGUAUUACUGCAAGCUGGAGGUGGUUUGAUUGUCGCGUUGGUGGUCAAACACGCAGACAAUAUCCUGAAAGGGUUCGCGACUUCCUUGGCCAUUAUUUUGUCCUGCAUCGCGUCUAUUUAUUUGUUUGACUUCAAAAUGACUUUCCGGUUCACCCUGGGUGUAGUUUUUGUAAUAUGCUCGAUUUUCAUGUACGGCCACCAGCCCAAAGUAGAGAACAAAAAUGUCGACAAACAUACUAUACUUGAGAAAAUUUAAUUUGUUUAAUUAAUUGGUGAUUUAUUAAAUUUUAAGAGCGUUGAUGAAAGUAUAAUUGUUGUUGUUUGAAUAAUAAGAGAAUUAAUUAGCUAAGAAAAAAAAAAGAGAAUUAGUAUCAAUCACCGAAUUGUAAGUAUUUUAAUGGAUAUUUCAUUAUUUAUAUUAAUAUUAUGAUAAUCAAAUUUAUCUGACAAGAUUGAGUAUUUUUAUACAAAUAAUUAAAAAGUAUUUAUACUUUAGAUCAAAUAAUUAUUGUUUUAAUGUUUAAUCAAAAUAUAUGAUGGCAUUUAUUUGU